GACGAGUUUUUCGCCAGCAUGUUGCGUCGCGGAGGGAGAAGGACUGGGCGCAGGGGCGCCACGUCUUGUACGAGGCGAGUAUGCCGCUCUUGGAUCACUUGACGGUGACUGGGGUCCCGUUCACGUUCUUGCGUCCUCAGGAGGGUACGUUGCGCGCCUUUGCCGCGUUAUCCAGACGGGAUGGCUGUGAGGUGGACGUGAAGCAGAUGGAGUCGUGGUUGCAGAAUGCGGUGCAGAUCUGUCAGCGAUACCUCGGUGUACGUGUGUUGAAGUUCGGGACGGAGGGAGACAGGUAUGUGGCGUCUUGGGACGCGUCGAGAUGAGGAUCGACCAACAGUUCUGGUCGUGUGUCAUAGUCGUCUGGCGACUUCAUCCUUCUGUGGCAGACAGACCUGUGGUACAGCUGGGGUGCCAGAUGGGCCUUCUUGAUCCUGCUGGGCCGCUAGCCCUGGAGAAGACGGGGCCGCUUGUCGCUGGUAUGCAGCGUGUGAGAUGCGACGUUGGGGGAUGAGGAGCAGGUCUCUUCAUACGUUUCACGGUAGUGUAUGUAGCUAGCAGAAUAGGAUGUGCGGUAUGCGUGUAGCAUUGUGAGAG